UCCUCAACAUUCCCUUCGCCCUUAUCAGAGUUCCCCUUCCCUUCUCACUGCGUUUUCUCCUCUCCAUGUCUAGUUAGUUAACAACUCUUUCUUAGAAAGAAAGAGUUUCCUACGACGUCGUUGCACUCUAUCUUCCUUCAAUCUAUGAAUAUGGGUCUUACUUCACUCCAAGUUUGCAUGGAUUCAUCCGAUUGGCUUCAGGGAACGAUCCACGAUGAAUCAUCAGGGCUGGAUUCAUCAUCACCAAUAUCUGGUGACAUGCUGGGAUGUUCAAGGCCAUUGAUAGAGAGGAGGCUAAGACCACCACUUGACCAAGCACUCAAGUGUCCAAGGUGUGACUCAACACACACCAAAUUCUGUUACUACAACAACUACAGCCUCUCCCAGCCCAGGUACUUUUGCAAGACAUGUAGAAGGUACUGGACCAAAGGUGGCACUCUUAGGAACAUUCCUGUCGGUGGUGGCUGUAGAAAGAACAAAAAAGUCUCCAAAAAAAACACCCCAAGUACUGAUCAUCAUCAUCAUCAUCAGUCAAUUAUUAACCAAAACCACCCUGCAGGACCAUCUUCAUCAACUCAUCAUCAUCAUCUCAACAGUACUCCAACUGAUCUUCACCUCUCAUCAUUCCCUGACCAAAUGCACUUCUCACAAUUUAACAACAUAAUUGGGACACUUGGGAACCCUAAUGUGAUGGAGAGCUGCAAUGGCAUUGGCAUGUUCGAGAACCCUAGAGGGCCUAUUGAUUUCAUGGAGAGUACUACAAAGUUGGAAGCUAAUAUUAAUAAUUAUGAUUUCAUGGGGAGUUGUGAUGAUCAGAUGGGUGGUCAUCAUCAAGGCCUAGUACCACCAAAUCUUCAUGGGUUUUGUUCUCCAUAUGGAAUGUCAUCAUUUGAUAAUGGGAAUGGUAAUAGUGCUGCACUGAUGGAUACGUGUCAGAGGCUCAUGCUUCCAUAUUAUUAUGCAAAUGAUAUUCAGGAUCAGAGUCAUGCAAUGGAUGUCAAGCCAAACACCAAGGUUUUGUCCCUUGAGUGGCAAGAUGCUGGCAAGGAGAGUGGUAAUUAUGGUCUCAUUAACAAUCUGGGAUCAUGGACUACUAAUACAGGUGGCAUGAUCAACGGCUAUGGAUCGUCCACUUCAAACCCAUUAGUGUAAAUCAAGGAAUGUGUUGCUCGAUCUAUGAAUCUUCAUGCAAUGUAGAAGCUCUGUACGUUUGGGAGGGUUUUGGGUUAAUUUGUGUAUUUUGUUAAAUGUUCAUGUCAUAAUGUGAACAUGGGUCUUUUGAUUUUCAUCGACUUGACGAAUUAAGCAGCUGGAGUGUGUGAAUGAAGAUAUAUGGUAUCACAGAUUCACAGAGAAAAAGAGGCUGCUUUAGUUUCAUGACUGUCUAAUCAGGUUGUUAUCUAAAAUAUAUAUUAAUUUAAUUUCAUAGUUUUUUCUAA